AUGUUGGAGUCCGAGUGGUUUUUACUGACUAGCUACAGCGUCCCUCUGACCAGUGUGAUAACGCUCGCAACUUUGGUCUUAACAACAGUGAUCGUCUUCAGACUGUUUUCCAAAAGGCAAGUGAAUGAUUUUGGAAACAAAUUCGUGGUGAUUACGGGCUGCGACACUGGGUUCGGUCACGAAACAGCCAUUCGCCUGGAUAAGAUGGGAGUUCAUGUGUUGGCGACUUGUCUGACAAAGGAAGGGGAACAGAAUUUGAAAUCAGAGACGAGCGACAGGCUUAAAACCUUUCAGAUGGAUGUGACAAACUCGCAGCAAAUCAAAGAUAUCUACGAGAAAGUAAAGGAAAUUUUGCCGUUGGGACAAGGUGGGUCAGUAAGCGGCUGUAAGUUCUAGGACUUUGGGCACUCGAUUUAUGCAAACUUAUGCUUACAGUUUGAUUGUCCCGGCGUUACCACUCAAACCAAAUCGAACGUUUUAUUAAUCGAACUUAAUCGAACUCAGUCGAGUUUAAUCGAUUGAUUACGUUUGAUUAAGUUCGGUAAUUAAACACAAUCGAACUCUGAUCUCACAAAAAAGUUUUAUGGGGUGUUUACGUGAGAAACCUCGCACCGGCGCGAGUUUCAUGCCGGGAUGACUUUUUGAUUUCGUAAUCGAACCCAAGCGAACUUGAGCGAAGUGCGAUUAGGUUCGAUGGUUGAAUCUGGCAUACAUUUGAUUACAAAUGGGACGUUAUACAGGAACUAUUAACACGGGACGAAAAAACGGAUUUACCGAACGUCAAAGGUGAAGUCAAAUGCGCGACAAAGACCACCUUUGCACACCUUUGUACACCUUUGACGCGAGACAAAUGUUUACCUUUCAGGCGAGUCUUCAGGCGAUAAAAGCCGUUUUUGUCACACCUUUAACCCUUACCCUUGACGCGCCUCAAAGGUAUAUUUGAUUAGCAUCGUCAAAUAUGUCAGAGAUUCGAGGCAAAGGAGUGGCAAAAAGCGCGGCAAAGUUAUGUCUGAGAUUAUUAAAAGUCAAAGGAUUGCCAAAGGUUUGGUCAAACGGCGUUCGCCUGAAGCUUAGGUCAAAGCUGCGGCAAAGGUGUCAUCAAAUAUGACUGACAUUUAAGUCAAACGUUUAACAAAGGUGCUGCCAAAUAUGUUUGGUUUUUUUUUCCUCCCCUCGCAUCCCGCUUCUCGCUCGUCUCGCCCUUCGCAUGGAUUCCGCGUUCGCCUCGCGCUUCGAGCGAAUGCGGCGUUAUUGCCUCGCUUGGCUCAUAAGCGCUUGAUAUACAGGCUAGACCCCAACUUGAGGUUUCAGUCAAAUUCAAUUGCGGCUUGGAUACCGUUUAAAAAGGUGGGCAGAUAAGAGACUGAGUUCUUAAUCUUGUAAUUUAUUGUCGUAAACCUCAUUAGAUUAGAAAGUUGAAUAACGUCGAUUAAAACUUUUUUAAACGCAUACAUAAAAAUGAUUUUUUAAAACCUUUUUACGAUUUAUUGUCCAAAGUACUCAAUGCGUUCAAUGCAGUCAAUGGACAAUCAUAAUGACUGCCGGAAAUUUUUAAAGCACUAUAACUGUUAGAUAAACGCUUUUGUCAUGGACGGCAACCUGAAAAAUAGUUUAAAACACUUCUUUCAGGAAAGCCAGUGCUAAAAUCAUGGUAAGUAUGGGUUACUUUUGAUUAGACUUAAGAUUAUUAUUAGCUAGCAACUCUAUUAACGAUGUGUUUCAAGCUACUUUUCUUGACCGAUGUUAGCAAUUAUUGUGAAGAGAGAAAAAUAAAGCUUUUAAUUAACGUUUAUAUAAAAAUAUGAAGAAAUUUAGGCAGCAACAUUUUUGCUCUUUGCCAAUUUUUUAGCAACUUUUCGGCAUUCCAGUGAGGGAGAGGCCUAGUGGCACACACUUAUUCGACAUUUAUGGAAGUGCCCAACCGGGGCAGUGAGGAUCGUAUUUAGAGAAUGUGAUCUGGAAAGUGUUAACAAAACUAUCGCGGAUGGCUUGAGGGUGGGUUAGGGUUAGCAAAAGUGGCCACCUGUUCGAAAGUGGGCUCUUUUUUAAGUAAUAAGGAUGACGUCUGUUAUUUGUCCUUAUCUUAGGUCUGUGGGGAUUGGUUAACAAUGCUGGCAUUUAUUUCACCGCACCAAUAGAAUGGACUCCGCUAACAAAAUCUAAACGAGCUGCUGAUGUUAAUCUGUGGGGACUUAUGGACGUCACGAAAACUUUUCUGCCUCUUGUCAAGAAAGCUAGCGGACGAGUUGUGAAUUUAUCGAGUGCCCUGGGUGAGUAAAAGCGUCUUUUUGCCGCGUCGUAUCCGAACAUCUUAGGUAGCUUUCCGCGUCCGUCUCAGGCGAUCUCUCGAAGUGCCUACGGAGGAGCGUUAAACCAUUACUCUGCGUUAAGAGCCGCCUGCCUGGAUAGCAAGCGUUUUCGCGCGAUGGUAAUUAAUAGCUGGACGAGAGUACAAGUGCUGGAAGUAAAUUUUGUUCGAAAUAAAACAAAAUUCUUUAUUAUUAUUUUUUUUGUAGGCCGUACUACCCUUCCGCAGUCAGCCAGCUAUAGUAUCACCAAAUAUGGCGUGGAAGCAUUCUCAGAUGCUCUGAGACGUGAAAUGCGCCCUUGGGGAGUACAGGUCAGCAUUAUUGAACCAGGAUUGUUCAAGACUCCAUUGUCAGAUGCAGAGCGCAAUAUACAUUCAUUACAGGAAUUGUGGGAUGCUCUUAGCCCGGAUUUAAAACAGGAGUACGGAGAAAAGCGUCUAGAGAAUAGUAAGAUCAUCCGCUACCAUCUUUAUUGAUUAUAUAACUAAGGUAUUUGCUGAUUUUUGGAAACUAGGUUUUAACCCACACUUAGAUUACUUGGCCCUUGAGCACAUGAAAUGCGUACACCUUUUCUGUGUGUUUAGAUAACUCAGUUUGAACAUUAAAAGACUAACUUCAAGCAGUUCGUGCUUUGUUGUGUUGAAGUACAUACACGUUCUAGCUGAGUGAAGAACUCGAAAUUCAUUUAAAUAUUCUAUUUUGUAACCAUCCCUUGCGUGCACACCUGCAAUGGACGGUGAAACUGACAUCAUCCUGGACGAGCAUACAGAGCAGGGCGAGUUAUUUUCUUGCGUAUUUUUAGGCGUCCGAGGGAAGCGCGAGACGGGCGUGGGUCAACGUGGAGCACCAGAGGCGCGCGAUGGAAGGGGGCCUGCGCGUCUGGCGUUCCACAUCAGCCCACAACGGCCUCACGCUUAUCCUCGGACGCCCGAACACGAAAAGAGAACGAAACCUGUUCUUGCGUUUACAUGAGACUGGUCUGAAAAUAAACUCAGGCCGGUCUGACUUGUGUGCGUGAUUUCAUGCUCAUUUCAAUACCAUCUUCACUUAUAGUGUUGAUAUGAAAUAGGGAUUGUGACAAUCGCUGUCAAACGUAGAUAAGUGAGCUCAUGUUACUUUUCAAUAUAGAUUUUCUACUGGGAGCGUUUUAGCGUGGUUGUGUGCUACAACAGUGAGACUGAAUUGUGAGCAAUUUCGUUGCAAGUGAGACAUAUUAAAAGGGAGAAAAUGUAUCGUAACAGGAGCCCAUCACAGGCUCCUGAUCGUAAACAUUGUGAGUUCACUAAUUUCCGAAAACAUGAUAUGAUCAGACGUUCUGGGGGGAGGGGAGAGGAGAGAGUGCGAAAGUGGGCGGAAAAAGGGAAGAAGGACCGCCUGAUCGCAGGUUAUGUCUGACGUUGCCUCGAUCGUUGGCCCAAGAUGAGUAGCUUCAGCACAGGGAUGAGUUGGUACCGUUGUCGUGUACACGGAAAUGAACCUCAGACCGGGUUCAUAAAUAACGUAUACUUUCUUUUCGCUUCAUUAUUUUUGCUUUUUCAGAAUUAGAUUAAUCAGUUAUAAAUUACUUGACUGUAUGCUUGUAUUGAGAUACUGCACAUUACAGGCCACCCAAUGAGCGUUACUUUAUCUUUUGACGAUUUUUCUGUCGUCAGUCAAUUCUACGGUUGUCCAUUGGCUUAAAUUUUGUGUGCUAGCUGGUAGUUAAUUCUGAAGGUUAUAUUGCACCAAGAUCUGCUGUCUUUGAUCAUUACCGGUCUCUUGUAAUCGACCGAUCAUUGCACCCCGGUCUUAUGUACAGUAAACUCAAGUUCAUACUGGUGUAAGUUCGUCGCAGUCUCGUAGGGGGUACCCUUUUGACUGAACGAAAAUCUAUUCUAAGUUUUCAUUAUUUUCAACAUUUUUUUUAUUUCUUUACAGUUAAGAAUGGCAUGAGAAUAGUGCUUGGCUCCCAGGCAUGCGCAGACACAUACAAAGUUGUAGACGCAAUCGUCGACGCUCUGAAGUCACAAAGACCGCAAGCACGUUACGUCCUUGGAUUUGAUGCAAAACUGUACAACCUUAUUUCGUUAUUACCUACUUCUAUAGGUGAUCGUCUUUUGCCAAAAUUUCUCUGAGCGAAAUCAAACUCAAGCUUUCAAUGCGAAGUCACCCUCUGAAGUUUUAACAGGUUUUAGGUAGCACCAAAUCGGUGAAGAUAAAGGACCUUCAUCCUCUCUUGAUUGAUAACAACUAAGCCUUACUAACUUACUUGAAAAAGAUCGUUUUUACAUGACGUCACGGCAGCCAUAUUGGUAUUCCUAAACGAUGAAACGGCGGUCAUGUUGAUGUUCCAAGCCAGUCUUGUGGAAAUUUAACUUUUAUGUAAACUCUUUCUUUUGUUCUAAUGAAUUUACAUUCAUAGACGCCGGCUACGUGAGUGAAAACGCUCUACUGGUAUCCCAAAACAUAGCCUGCGUAGCAAGCGUUUAGCAAAGAAAGACCGAGGAACGACGAUCAGUUUUGGCCGCGCGAAAAAUGGAACGAGAGCCAAAAAAUGAACGAAGGGGGAGGGGGAGAGAUUCCUUCCUUUAAUCCUCACCCCGUCCAUGCUCUUUUACUCGCCCCAUUUUUCGCGCGGUCUUUGACUUCUGUUCCUCGUUCUUUGUCCGGAAACCGCACGGAAACUCUUGCUAUGCAGGCUACCCAAAACAAUGAAAUGGUGGCCAUGUUGGAAUCCCAGACCAAUCCUGUGGGAGUUGAACCAUUUUCUUAUGUAACAACUUUUUUUUGUUCAAAUAAAUUUGCUUAACCUGCUGGCCACGUGACUGAAAAUUCUCCUUAAUAGACCUAUUCAUUCAAAAUAUUUCUCCGUUUCUGAUUGGCUAAAAGCACACGGAUAAUUCAUCAUAACCAGCUACUGUUGACCAAAUUUGGAAGAAUUUGACGUCAAAAGUGUAGCAAAGUUGCAGAUUGCUGAACUGUUAACCAAGAAGACCUGGGGAAGAGUUUGAGUUGUUUUCGAAGUGAGCAAUGGCGGAACAUUUUACUCAUUUUAAGGCGAACUAUUGUCUAAAAACAUAGCCAAGAACAGCAAGAAGACAACUCGACGGACGACAUCUGCUAUUUGGAGUGUGUUUGCAUACCUGAACAGUCCUUCAUCUCCUAAACUUCCCUAUAAAAAUGGAUCUAUCUGCUAUAUGAAAUUAACAUCGACGGAAGUAAGCAUGUUUUAGCUUGUUUUAAAACUUGGAAUUAUUUUUAGUGAAUAAUAAAGCAAUUAUUGAAUUGGGCUUUCGUAGAAUAUGAAGAAUUAUGAAGAUCUGCAUAACCACUCAGCCUCAUUUAUUAUUUACUAUACCCGCCAUCCUAGACUCUUGGCGUAUGACGGGAAAAAAGCAAUGUCACGUAGUUUCUCAAGGGGCAAAGAACCUUUUAUCUUAAAGACGAUAAUGGCAAGUUAUGGGUGGAAGUGAUCAUUGUUAAAUUUUUUGUAUGCAGUAAUAACCGUAGAUGUCCUCACUGCACAGGGGCACUCAACGGCAAUUUUCGGGAAAAUAUCUGUUCGGAAGACGAUUUGCGAUCUAGAAUUUUCGGAGCAUUUGUUGUAAAAUUUCUUGCUUGCCUGCCUCUCCUAGGAUUUUCGAAGAUCUACAAAAUGGUAUAAUUACCCAUUUUUAACGGAUUUUGACCCUAAGAAAGGCCACCUAGAAUCUUCGGGAGCCUUUUCCUGGCUGAAAUUUUCGAGAAGGUAAGUUUUUAUCCCUAUAAUUUUCGGAUCACUAGACUUUCAGCUAGGAAAUCCGAACAGAUGAAAAGUUUUUAGGGGAUAAAAACAUGCCUAUAUCUACCGUUUGAAUACUAAAAUACGUUUAACAAUGCUAUGUUAAGUGGUUUUGAACUAUAUCCUCGUUGGGUGCCCCUGACUGCAAACAAUAAUGACGUAAAAAUUGGCGAAACUCGAACUGUUCAUUUUGUACUGACUAUUAAAUCGUCGUCACGUUUUGAGAGAAUAAAAAAAAACGAAAAAAAAAACCAAACAAACAAAUUUUAUUACUUGUUUGUCCCCCUGAAAUACCUUCACGUGACAAUGCUUUUAUUCCAAGAAUCCUAAAGCACUAGCAGAGAUGGCGGGUGGUGAAUAAGGUAUACUAAGGAAAGUUUAUUGUGUUACGACAAAUCACCAAAACGAUAAAGGCACGAGCGUAAGCCACAAUACUUCAAAUCAUUAAAGGCUUUUAUCUUCUCUUGCUCAAACUACUAAAAAUGGAUUCAUUUGGAACGUACGCUUAUAGCCAUCGCAUCUAUACGGUCCUAUACAUGUCCUUAAACCAAUCCAUCCUGAGUCUCACAUACCUCUUUCACGUAUCAACCUCUUAUACUUUAAAGAAGUGGCUAAUAGUCUAGUCUGCUACACAGCCUUUUUUAGUGUCGGUACACAACGCUCCUCCCCACAGCUUUGCGUGACGACACUAAAAAACGGCUGUGUAGCAGACUACUCAUAGUCCGGAAUAGUUAAAUGACCUUCAGGUCUGAUGUUUGCUGAAGUGUGUAAAUUGUGGGGAGUCAUCUCUGCAAUGUGGCCAGAAUCUCACCGCCAUGCGUAAAGUUAAUCACUUCCAGAGUGGCUGCGCCAUGAAUAGAAGCCUGUGUGAGCAGAUGCCUUUUUGGCUUCUGUUUCACAUGUAGGCUUGAUUAUCAUCCGCUAUCCGGCAAAAUAAGCCCGUGCUCAUUUCCCCAAAAGAGCUAGCCUGUUCCAGGCGGUUAACGUUAGAUAACAUCAAGUGAAGCCAGAUUGGACACCUUAUGAAUUUUACACAACGCAUUAUUUCCAUAAUGGAACGAGACUGGAAUCUGAGAUUGAGGCAAGUUAUGGAGAGAUCACAGUAGCGAGUUAAGCACUGAUCUCUAGUGAUUAGGGUUAAGCACUGAACUGAAAACGGUUAGGUUUCAAAUAUUGUAAUGGGGUACGGCAUAAGAACAUGUAUAUUUUAAAAAUUAUUGGAUUUGGCAGCUAAUCCUCGAUGGUGUAGUGGUUAUGGAUGUAGGCUAUAAAGCAAGUGACCCGGGUUCAAAGCAUUACAGUGGAUUUUUUCUAUUUCAUUUUAUAUUACACAGUAAAGUUGGACUUAAGUUGUUCUUCAUGUAAUUUUACUGAAAGAAACAAUCUGACUUCAGCCGAUGUUAUCUAAGGCUCCAAGAUAGUCGGGUCCGCGGAAUUGAGAAAGCGCGAACACAAAAAAAAAACAUCAAAAAAGCGGUAGGAAACUGGGGAGAGGAUAGCAGGGGCGGGAGACGGCGGAAAUCGAGCCGUCGAGAAAAGAGCCUUUCAGGUGAAGAGAAGCGACAAACGGAUUUAAGGUUUCGUUCGCAGACUACCUGGCUUUUAAUUUCGCCCCUCUUUCCCUCCCACGUUAAACCCUCCUCCAACAAAUAUGCAGAAUGUGGCACGUUUCGCAAACAGAAGCCUCUACUUCGAAUAUCUGAAUUAAAAUAGCCAACUGUAAUCCCUCCAUAGGAAUCAGAGAUUCUUGUAGUUGCGAUCUUUUUAGUUCAUCAAUCCGGCUGAAUAGCUCUUGGAGACAAAAACUUUCAAAUAUUUCAUCGUAUCUCGCGCGUUUGGUGCAUGCUUCUUAUAUCCAAGGACGAGACGUGGAGGGAAAAAAGCUUGCCUUUACGAUACCUUUUCUCCAAAAUACCUUGCCAGAUUAGUUGCCAGCAAAAUAAAUACACAUGCUUUCUUUAAGCCGGUUUGUAAAUUUCCGAAGAUUAUCAGAAGUCUAAAACAAUUAAAUCCACUUUAAAAAAUUCUUUUAUAAAGACUUUGUGAAAUGUUUCUACCACAGUGCUAAUCUGAAGGAGACAAUGACGUGAUUUUGCUGUUGUUUUUUUGUUUUUGCAGUGAAAGUGGAGACUACGAGCAGUCUCUCCUCGACGCUCGCGCGCGCAUGUACUCCCCUCACUAAAUCUAAAGAAGAAGAGGGAAUGAGCUAGUGUUGUAUCAUAUACCGUUUACUCCCAGUGGCGGAGGGAAGGGGGGCAUACUUCCUAGUAGUAGGCUAACGGGUAUGUGCCGCUGGAUUGGGUCGCAUUUUCACGAAUGGAUUGACUAUUAUGGGGUCGCAUUUUUAUAAGAGUUACUAGAAUGGGGUCGCACAUUUUCAAAAAAUUCAGGUGUGUGGUAGCCUGCGAACGGCAGACGUUUCUCCUCUCUCAUCGCCGCUGAGAGACGUUUCGAACCGUCUCAGCGGCGAUAAGCGAGGAGAAACGUCUGCCGUUCGCAGGCUAGGUGUGUGGGGAUUUUAAAAUAGAAAGAUUUACACCACUUUAAGUUUAACAAAUGUGUCAGUUGAUUCCAGGAUGACCUAGUUUAAAGGCUUUAAAAAGUAGAUGCAUAACAGAAAGUGACUUAGUUGGGAUUGCGAAAAUUUCCUUUUUCCCAAAGUGACUAAGAUGGGGUCUAUAAUAUGGCCACAGAAUAGACUAUAAUGGGGUGCUGAGAGGCCCCCCCCCCCGGGGGCGUUUACUUUGAAAUAAAAUUGGGAAUGAAAAUCAUCAGCUCUUUUUUCUUCACCGUUGUCUGCAUGGUACUACGCUUAAAACAUCUUAAUGAAGUAUGAAGUUAACAUACAGUACUUUUAAAACCCUACUGUUCCUUUAUAAUAGUGUUGAUUUUGUUCUAAGUUAUGUCGAUUGGAUCAUAUUACUAUUGUUUUUUUAUUCAUUGUUAACCGGGAAAUACUUGAUUUUGUCUAUUUUAUUUUUGGGCAGUGCAGAAAAUACUCCCUCAAAGGAUAGCGUACGAAUACAAGUAUAGCCGCAACGCUUGGUUUCUGUAAUUUGGCGGCAUGUUAAUUUUUGCUUUUUUAUUGAGCCGGCCAUCAUUCCACAUGUGGUUUUAACACCUGUAAAUCUUCCGUGAAGACAUUUUCCUUGACAUUUUCAAGAUACAUGUUAUUAAAAAGCGGCGUGCGAUUGCUUUAUUUAAAUUGUCUACAAUUAACCAGAAAAACCGAUCAGUGGUUUAGGAAUUUAGUCUAGUAUAGGAUUAAAACUAGAAAAUCUGGGAUUGAUAGGGAUUAUUGGAUGCUAGUUGUACAGAUCAGAGCCGGCGGGACUUGCUCCGAAAAAGGGUAAGGUUACAACAUCUGCAAUAUCAUUGUCAUCACUCAAAAAAUACAAUAAGCAUCGAGUGCCCCUUUCCGCGAAACACUGCUUUAAACAACUUACACGUGUAUCGGUCUCAGUCUGCUAGUCAACUGGUUCAUUAUGGCCAUGUCGCUCGUAAUCGUCCCAGCAGCCGUUCUUUUCUGUGUUUUGGCCUCCGUUUUGUGGAUUUUGCGGAGGAGUAGGGAACACAGGCUAGCUAUAGAUGGGAAGUACGUUCUAAUAACUGGAUGUGAUAGUGGAUUUGGUCGGGAAACGGCCAUUUGCUUGGACAAGAUGGGAGUAAAUGUGCUGGCAACUUGCUUGACCAAAGAAGGAGAAGAGUCUUUGAAAUCAGUCACAAGCAAGAAAAUGAAAACGUUUUUGAUGGACGUUACGAAUUCCCAGCAAAUUGGAGAGGUCUUUGAUAAAGUGAAAGAAGUUAUUGAUGAUAAUUCAGGUAAAGUGAACAAAAUAUAUAAUCAAUCUAAUCAGUGCUCUGUUGGCUUAACCAAUUUUACCAGAUACCUCGUCAUGUAAAAAUCGGCAGUGCUUCGGAACCCCAGCUUGGGGCAAUCCGAACACUAUGAAAUAGGGAAUAAAUUCAUUUCUUCACAGAAUAACCCAAAUAAUCUUAAGACAGGAUAUUUUGCAUUCAUUAUUCUGUAAAAUUCCCGUUGAGAAGUUAAGGUACAAGUAAUACGUUAAUUGCUUCCGGUUUAUCAGAGUGUUUUUUUUUUUGCGGUAACACCGCUACUCUUCCGCCGCUAAAUAGUUCCCUAAUAAAGAACCCAGGCAACACUGACGUCAAUCAAAAAAGCAACAACAUAAACAACAAAGAUGCAAUUUUAUGCAGAUAAUCCAGUCUGUUGUCACUGGCCUGCCUCUCCUAGGAUUUUCGAACAUCUACAAAAUGGUAUAAUUAACCAUUUUAAACGGAUAUUUACCCUCAAAAAGGCCACCUAGAAUUUUCGUGAGCCUUUUCCUGGCUGAAAUUUUCGAAAAGGUAAGUUUUGAUCCCUAUAAUUUUCGGAUCACUAGACUUUCAGCUAGGAAAUCCCAAUAGAUGAAAAGUUUUUAGGGGAUAAAAAUAUGCCUAUAUCUACCGUUUAAAUACCAAAAUACGUUCAACAAUGCUAUGUUGAGUGGUUUUGAACUAUAUCCUCGUUGGGUGCCCCUGUGUUAUUAGAGAUGUCGAAGGUAAUCAACUGAAGAAACAAGAGCGACUUGAUCCGGCCGCCCGCUUUCUCCUCUCGCUCCUCGCCGCUUGGGACGUGCCACGAAACGUCUCUAGCGGUCUCCAGCGGCGUUCGGCGAAGGGAGAUGAAAACCAAAAUAAAACAAAACAAUGUUUUUGGUUCAGCCUUUAUAGCACGCUAGUUCAGCCCCCAGCGAAGGUUAAAGGUAGGGCACAAAGAAUAUUUGUCAUCUAUUUUUCAGUUUAAGAGGAUUAAAUUAACUGCAAAAACCAUGGACGAAGAUCCUGCUAGCUGUAAACGUUGGAUCUCUGGAAAAGAGAUCUAAUCAGCCAAAAUAUAAAGAACCAAGAACGAGAAGUCCAAAGACUACUGCAAAGCUGAUUUCAAACAACGUGUAUUGUUGUUAUAACGGCCAGCCGAAAUAUUGUUAUAAAAAACAAUACAUGUUGUUUUAAAUCAGCUUUGACCUCUCGUUCUUGAUUUUUCAGUUUGGAUUUUCCUUUUUUCGUCGCCCAGAGGAUCAAUUUGCAGUUGUUUUUUGAGCUGUAUCCACCUGCCGGGCCACUGGACUCAUUGGUUUGUAGUUAUGGUUUUGCUGUUCUGUAUUCAAACAGGAGCUCCAGAUUCAAAGUAACUGUUUUUACAAGUAUUGCAGAAUGGGGCUCUCUCUUCUUUUCCUUUUGUUGCUAUCGAGGGAACAUGUUUCAGAAUCCUCUCUCCUCCAAUUAAACUCCUUGUGAGAAAAUUAUUGCGUCAUUGUGGCGGGAAAACUCGUCACGUGAUCUGAAAACUGAACUUUGCACAAGAGUCUUGGAACUGUGUAGUCGUUCGGAGUCGUGGAGCUGAUCGAAUGUGUAGAUUGAGUGUAGAUCAUCGCAAUUUUUACGCGAAUUGAUGUCGAUGAAUUCUUUAAGUGUAGAACAUAGUACAGAAUUCUAAAAUAUGAACAUGUGAAGAAGGAGUGAAGAAUUAAAGCUAAAUGGAACUGGUUGUAUCACACUCACACUGAUAAACAAGAAAAAACAAAAAACGCGUUGCAUGCAGGCAAAUGAAGGGAAAGAGGAAAGAAGAGGAAGGAGGAGUCACCAUUGGGUUCUCCGCGUAUCUCCUGUUUCUUUCUUCUCUUUCCAAAGACGCCUGACUUCAGAGUGGCCACGAAGGAUGCCUUUGAGAAGGAGAGUGCAAAUGUGCUAAAACAAAAUUAAUCGUUUUAUUGCCACAGGUCUUUGGGGACUGGUAAACAAUGCCGGGGUCUUGUGCCUCGGGCCUGUCGAGUGGGUACCCCUGACCCACUAUAAGAGAACAGCGGACGUCAAUUUAUGGGGAAUGAUAGACGUGACCAAGACUUUCUUGCCACUCGUUAAGACAGCCAAGGGAAGAGUCGUCCUUGUUAGCAGUAUAGCAGGUAAUAAAGAAAUAUUAAUUAAAUAAAUAACGAUUUACAUCGCUCCAUGUAAGGGAAUCCAAGAUUGUGUUGGAUUCUGGAUUCCACGCCGAUUCCGGAUUCAAGGUACUGGAUUCCAGUUUUUGUCAGUGGAACUUGGAUUCUGGAUUCCAAUCAUUAGUGCGAUUCCGGAUUCUUUGAGCUGUAUUCCGGAUUCCAAAACCCAGGAGUCCGGAUUCCACAUGCAAAUUUUUCCUGGAUUCCAGAUUCCACAAACAAAAAUUUCCCGGAUUUCUGACUCCCCAAGCAAAAAUACAUGAAAUCCCGAAUCCGGAAUCGUGAUUUCGGAUUCCCUCACAUGGGGCGAUUAAGACGUAGCACAUCCACUAAGUGGUUCUUCUUCUACUGAUUCCGGCCAAAAUUGGAAUUUGAAAAUGUUGGUUUUUAAGACGAGGGGGAAAUAGUGUAGUACCCGGAGAAAAACCUCUCGGAGCAAAGGAGAGAACCCAACUCAACUCACAUAUGGCGUCGACUCCGGGACUUUAACCCGGGCUUCACUGGUCAGAGGCUAGUGCUCUCACUACUGCGCCACCCUUGCUUCCCAAGGGAAACUUUCAUAGUAGGACUGGUUGAAUGUCUAAAUACACCUUUCCAGUUCUCUUUUUACAAUAACAGAGCGAAUCCUCGCGCGCUGAUUGGUCGAGAGCCAUGGUCUAGGAGAGUAUAGACCAUGGAAAUGACGUAAUAUGUCACGUAGUGCCGCUUGUUUUGUUUUUGGUUUUUCGCAAAAAAAUAAAUGUUAUUGUAAAAAGCAAAUCGACCACAAUUUUCUAGGUUCUACACUCAUAGACCAUAGAGAUUACGCCAUAAAAUGUUGAAAACUUUGUCGUGAAACCACUCGCCUGCGGCUUGUGGUUCCACUUGAGUUUUGAACAUUUUAUGACGUCAUUUCUAUUGUCUACAUGAGUGAUUGUGGUCGAUUUAGUAUUGGCUAUUUCAAAGCUUGAGCUUGGAGUUUGGGUGGGUGUUACGUUCUGACGAUUUGCACUAUGGGACAGGUUUGGGGACGCUAAGGCUUUUAUAUUGGAUAUCACAAACUUGCACGGAAGAUUAAGUAAAAAUUAAUCCCCGAAACAAAUUCAUGGGAGAACUCUAUUUAAUAAAGACCCUGUCUGAUGUGCAACCUCAAAUUAUGAAGUAAAAAACAUACUACACGCACUCUGAUUGACUGAGAGGUGUGUUUCCAUGACAGUGUGUAAAAUACGCGUACAAGACUUCGUGUAUAACUUCGCAAUUUGUAAGAAUUUUCCUUUUAAUCCGCACCCAUAACAAAAAGAUUUGCUUCCGAGUGUUCUUGAGGACUUAGCUAGCGUAUGCUGAUUGCAUGCCAGUAUCAAACCGAACUCGUUGGGCAGAAUUUUGCCUGUUCCCUCACAAAAGCUACCCCUAUAGAAUACAUAGGGGAAUAUAUUCCCCUAUAGAAUAUUCCCAUUAGCGGAAUAUCCCCCUUUUCUACCCCUAUAAAAUUGAGUCGUCUUUGUUUGUUAGUUUGAUGAUGUGGUUUUGAUUUAUCUAUACAAAGGAGUGGUUUCAGCUCAAGUAUUCUCGCCGUAUUGUGUCACUAAAUAUGGCGUGGAAGCUUUUGGAGAUUCAUUGAGACGAGAAAUGCGCCCGUUUGACGUACAGGUCAGCGUUAUUGAGCCGGGCGCCAAGCGAACCCCGCUCUUACAGAAAUCUGAGGUUUUGACAGACGGUCUUAAAGCACUAUGGAACAAGCUUUCAGAGGAGAAAAAAAGGGAGUACGGCAAAGACUAUUUUGAGGACGGUAAGAAGUGA